AUGAAUAUUGUCGACAAAGUCGACAACAACAUUAAAGAUGAGAUUCGAGGUAUGGAGUCGCCUGAUAUUUCAUGUAAAGGGUUAAAAACGUUGGAUGAAACGAUAACAUGCGUAGAAGCUGCUUCGAAGACAUCUCUUAACAAAGCCAGAUGGAAGGCCGAACAGGCUCUUUGUAUUCUAUCUGAGGCAAGAAUUGAAGAUGAACGCAAAAGAAACCUACUGCUGGAUGAAUUUUCCAAAGCUGAAGAUUUUUUGAGGCAACUGAAUGAGAAACGCUCACUGCCUUUGCUGCAAGUGAAUAUAACCACAAUUUUAGAGGAGAUGACGCAACAUAUGAGCCAACUCAGUCAGAAGGAAUACUAUAUUCUUGUUGCAGGCGAGGCAAGUGCCGGGAAAAGCAGCCUGAUAAAUCUCAUUCUGGAAGAGAGGCUUCUUCCAUCUUCCUCACUCAGCACAACUUCCACGUUAUGUGAACUGAAGUACGGUGAGGAAAGAAGAAUUGUGGCGCACCUCAAAGACACAGAUUCGAAAACAGGCCUAACAUCGACCAUGUUUCUUGAGAAUCCAACAGAAUCUUCAGGGAAAAGCUAUCUCCAGCAGAUCUCACCUUAUGUCCAAGUGAAGGGUGCAGACCGUGGGAAAGGUACAAUUUACAAAAAGGUUGAAAUCUUCUGGCCUCAUCAAUUGUUGAAGAAAGGUGUCACAAUCAUUGAUAGUCCUGGGGUUGGAGAAUCGGAAGUCAUGGACGAGGUAGUGACAGAGUAUCUUCCUCAAGCCUUUGGAUUUAUUUAUGUCAUCAACAGCGCAAACGCUGGAGGGGUUCAGAAAGACAGGCUUGUAUAUUUGCUGAGCGAACUGGGCAAGAUAUCGCGCGAAAGACGAGAGGAGUUUCCCUCCAAAUGUGCUUUGUUUGUUUGCAACAAAUGGGACCAAAUUCCAGAGGACGAAGCCGACGUUGUUAAGGCACACAUAGAGAUCAAGUUAACAGAGUGGUGGCCUGAUCUUAUUCCUGAAUCCCAGAUCACCUACAUGUCAGUAAAAAACGCUCUAUAUGCUCAGAGCCGCGGGGAGAUUAAAGCCGACCUCAUUACCCUGAUGAAUGGAAUCCGCAUUUUUGUUCUGAAAUGCAUCGAGCAAAGGUUGGGAAUUCACUGGAGCUGGCUUGAUUUUGUAUUUUACCAACUAAUUUGUCAAACAAAGAUGAUUACGAUGAACGCCGGUAGAGAUCGUAAAAAAGUCACGAACAACAUGACCACCAUACUUCAUCGUCUGGAAGUGCUUGAGAGACAACAAACCCAACUUAUUGAUAGGAUUCGCAUAGGUAUGACAGCCCGCGCCAACGAGGUCGAAACAAAGCUCUGCGAAUUUCUCAAUUCAGAGGAUUUGCGAAGACAAUUCAUCUAUCAAUUUUCCGGAUCUGCUCCAUCCAUAAGUGAGCUAGACGAAGAACUGCAAGUAAUUUUGCAACAGUGGGAAGAUAAAAAUCAUGUAUUUGCAAAUGCUUUUAGCUUGCCUCUUCAACGAUUUUUGGAGCAACACAAUUUAGCAAAAAUGCAAAUCCUGAAUCUUCAACGUGACAUCUCGGAAGGCGAAGUCUCAAUGGCCACUCCAAUUUACCCACACUGUAAGUUUAGUGCUUCCGUGGUCUUCAUUCUUGAUCUCUUUGUUGAGAGGCUUGGAAUACACGGGGGUAUGUCAGGAUAUUUGGUUGAACUCGAUCCCAUUACGGGUAAAAUGAUGAGGUUUAGUACUCCUCCUUUAAGGAUGAAAGAGAGCUUUCUUCAGUGUGUUAUAAAUGGAGAUGCAGCCAAGUCUAUGGUAAAUGAAAUGCUCAAAAAGCACCUGAAACGUUUGGAACAAAUUGGAAGUCAGGUUCCACAGAUGAUUCAGGCCAACAGAAAGUUAUGUGAAGAACUCCGUAACAACAAGCAAUCACACAAAGAGAUUAUAGAAUUGUACGAGUCAAUUAAGAACAGUGCUUUUGCUAUUAGAGGACACCUAGCAGAAUUUGGGCUGAGAGAGGCUUGUGCCCACUGCAAUGAAGAGUUGCAGUGGAAGGAUGAUCCAUCUUCCAUUCUUGGGCGUGGUACGUUUGCCUAUGUGUACAAAGGAAAGAUGAGAAGACAUGGAUGCGAGCAAAAAGUAGCUGUGAAGGUUUGCCGCAAACCUUUAGACGUCGAGAAUGCAAGUCUCAUAGUUGAAGAGAUGACCCUUUUGAGAAAAUUAGAUCACCCUUAUAUUGUCAAGUUUUUUGGGACUGCACUCUUGAAAAAAGAGGACGAGGUAAGGGUGAUCUUUGUGAUGGAAAGGUGCACAGAAAGCCUCAAAGAUCACAUCUUCAAGCACCGAGAAUCCGUCCCGGGUAUAUCCGGAAAAACAGCAUACCUUAGAGUUUGUCGUUGGGCGAAAGAAAUCACCGCUGGUCUUCACUUUAUGCACGAAGUAGGCAUUAUCCACAGAGACCUCAAACUAGAAAACAUCUUGCUGUCGGAGGAGGAUUCCGUGAGAAUAGGUGAUGUCGGCGUUUCUAAGGAAGCAAGUAAAAUCACCGGUACUGUUAUGGGAUCUUUUUUGUACAUGGCUCCUGAAGUGUUCCAUUCCAAACUUUAUGACUACAAAGCAGACAUCUACAGUUUUGGAAUAAUACUUUGGGAGAUGUGGUUCGGACGACGAGCAUUUGCCGAAGUUGAUGCGCCAAAUAACCAACAUUUCUUCAGCUUGGUUGAUGAUGGACGUCGUCCAAAAGAUAUUAUGGAAUUGAAGAAGCCACCACGCCGCUGGAAAGAACUUAUGAAGAGAUGCUGGGAUGGAGACCCAGAUAAACGUCCCACAGCUGAGAGUUGUGAGCGAGAAAUAACUGAACUCUGCGAUGAAUGGUCUGGUCAUUAG